UGAUCCAAGGAUGAAGGGUUUCGCGGUAGAACCUGGCCCACAACCAACCAACCGUCGCAGUCCACGUCAUCAAGGCUGAAACUAUAGCAAAACGCCUAGGAGUGGACCCCACAGAAAAAGAAGCGUGUCGGGUGCUUGACGUUACGGAAAGACAGUCCCUGCAAACGGCGUCUCUUUUUUUACUUUUGCCCACAAUCAAAUCAUCACCACCACUACACACACAACACAGAAGAGAGAAACAAACAAACAAACAAAGAAAAAGAGAAUGUGAGUGAGUGGAAGAAGAACGUUGCAAAACUCAAAUGUCUGUAGCCAAAUGAGAUCCGUCUGAAAUUUCUGUUCAAUAACAAUGGGGAGUGUUUCCUCCGAAGAAGUUUCUGACCGAUGCGGUAGUUACAGUCCCAGUGCUGACAUCAGCGAAUCGGAGAGUUGCAGCAGUUUCUAUGUUCGCCGUUUCGAUGCCGAGGGAGCAUCCAGUUCUGCUAAUCUCUCUCCCCGUCCGCUCGCCGCACAUUUCAACCUACCGCCGGCGGCGCAGGUUAUGCUUCCGGUCAUCGGAGGAAAAGACGUCGUCGUUUGGGAUCACAAGCGUGACCUGGAUUUGUCCGAAGUGGAAAUGAUGAAGGAACGUUUCGCUAAGCUGCUUUUAGGGGAAGAUAUGUCUGGUGGUGGAAAGGGGGUUUGCACUGCGCUUGCAAUCUCCAACGCAAUCACGAAUCUCUCUGCAACUGUGUUUGGCGAGUUAUGGAGGUUGGAACCACUGGCACCACAGAAAAAAUCAAUGUGGCGUAGGGAAAUGGAAUGGCUACUAUGUGUGAGUGAUUCAAUUGUGGAGCUGGUGCCUUCUGUGCAGCAGUUUCCAGGUGGUGGAACCUAUGAAGUGAUGGCCACACAUCCUCGUUCCGAUUUGUACAUCAAUCUUCCUGCUUUGAAGAAGCUUGAUGGAAUGUUGCUUGGUAUGCUAGAUGGUUUUUGUGACACGCAGUUUUGGUAUGUUGAUAGAGGAAUUGUAUUGGGUGAUUCUAAGGAUUGUGAUGAGUAUGGUAGACCUUCUGUUAGGCAAGAAGAGAAAUGGUGGCUUCCUUCUCCCAAGCUUCCACCAAAUGGGUUGUGUGAGGAUGAUAGGAAAAGGUUGCAGCAGUGUAGGGAUUGUACUAACCAGAUACUCAAGGCUGCCAUGGCAAUUAAUAGUUCUGUUCUUGCUGAAAUGGAAAUUCCUGUCGUCUAUAUAGAAUCCUUGCCCAGGACUGGUAAAGCUUGUCUAGGCGAUAUAAUCUACCGGUACAUAACUGCUGAUCAGUUCUCGUCUGAAUGUCUCCUUGAUUGUCUGGAUCUAUCAUCUGAGCACCACACACUGGAUAUAGCUAAUAGAAUUGAGGCUGCUAUACAUGUAUGGAGGUUGAAAGACCAUAAGAAACAUAAAAAUUCAGUUAAAGCCAGGCGGUCUUGGGGUGGAAAGGUAAAGAGCCUUGUUGCUGAUGGUGAGAAGAACCAUUUUCUUGCACAACGGGCAGAGACACUACUGCAAAGCUUGCAACACCGAUUUCCUGGGCUCCCUCAAACAGCACUUGAUAUGGCCAAGAUACAAUAUAAUAGGGAUGUAGGACAGUCUAUUCUUGAAAGUUAUUCGAGGGUGAUGGAGAGUUUGGCCUUUAACAUAAUGGCCAGGAUAGAUGAUGUGCUUUAUGUAGACGAUACUAUAAAACAAUGUGCAGCUGCAGAUUCCAUCUUGUUCAGCAGAGGAGGUUUCAGUGGUCUGCCCAUCCAGAAGCGAAUGUCUCCCAGCCCCUUCUCAAUUCAACGCACGCCAUAUGCCUCUCCUUUUGCAACCCCAACGUUCUGUUCCUCCUCUCCUCUUAGUGGAAGUCCUUGUAGUCCACGUAGGACACACACUGUUAAGAGGAAUGCCAAGGGAAAAGAUUCGAAGACUGAAAAGUUGCCUUCAUCUGAUUUUGAGAAGGUAUGGUCAUACACAGGAAGCCUCAGUGUAAGAAGAGUAUCUGGCGAGGCUCCAGAAAGAAACUGAGUUCUAGAGUUAGUAUCUCAGUAUGAACAUUAAUUUGAAUCCAGAGCAGGUCAUCAAUCAUCUAUGGUGGUCUUCUAGAAGCGGAUCAGGUUAAAGCCUUUGGUACUGUUCCUGUAUAUUCUUUAGGCAGUAUGAGUAGGAUUAUGAUGAAAAAUGAUGCCCUUGGAUCAUCAGUUAAAAAUGUUUGCUGUCAAGUAUAAUUUUUUGAAGCCGCCCACAAGAUGGUUUUUCUAUAAAUGCAAAAUGCUAGGUAGAGUUCGGGACUAUACACCCGAUUUAAGAUUCAGCAUUAGCCAUGUGCUAUUGUCUCCUUUUACUGCCCUAUUCAAUGCCUGGCCUAAACAGCUAUGCCUCCGAAUUGCAAGUCUCAAAAUUUACUAUUUUAUUUCUAAAAAUAUAUAUUAUGGCAAUAUUAAAAUAGCUGUUAGUAAUCAA